AUGCUUCCACCGAACAAAGGCGAUCCCGAGAUUGAGGCGGUUGUUCAGGUUGAAAAACAAGAUGGGGACAUACUGGAGUCAGCAAAGCCCACUCCGGAACAGAAGAAUGUCGGAACCUUGCAACGCCGCCUGAAAUCUCGCCAUGUUCAGUUUCUAGCGCUGUCAGGGGCUAUUGGAACAGGUCUCUUUGUCGGCACGGGCCAGGUGCUGUCGCUGUCAGGACCACUGUCGAUGACUCUGGCAUUUGCCAUUAGCGGCUUAGAUCUCUAUGCCGUGAUUAACAGCAUGGGAGAGAUGGCGACUUGGCUGCCUCUGCCGGGUGCUGUCCCUGUCUACGGGGCAAGGUUCGUGGAUGAAGCCCUCGGCUUUGCACUCGGCUGGAAUUAUUGGUAUCAGUUCGCCAUUGGCGUGCCCAUUGAAGUCAGCGCUGCGGCGAUGGUUAUUGAAUACUGGCCUAAUUCCGUGUCGCCUGCGGUCUGGAUCACGAUUCUUUUUGUCCCCAUGGUCGUGGUCAAUAGCCUGCCCGUCCGGACCUACGGCGAGGUAGAGUUCGUCCUGGGGGCGAUCAAGCUGACGACGAUUGUAGGCUUGAUGUUGCUCAUGUUAAUCAUCACCCUCGGUGGCGCACCCAACCACGAUCGGAUCGGAUUUCGGUAUUGGAGCCACCCCAUGGAGGAGUAUCUCAAGACCGGUGCGCUGGGGCGCUUCCUCGCCUUCCUCAAGGUGUUUGUCCAAGCGAUUUUCAGCUACGGUGGAAGCGAGAUCGUCGUGGUGGCCGCAGGGGAAACAGAAAAUCCGCGACGGAAUAUCCCUAAGGCUGUACGUCGCGUGUUCUGGCGCAUCACAAUAUUCUACGUUGGGAGUAUUUUUCUCGUUAGUAUGUGUGUCUCUGCACGCGACAGCCGCUUGCUGAAUGCUAUCAAAUCCGGUGCGAAGGGCGCAGGAGCCAGCCCUUUCGUGAUCGCAAUUCAAAACGGCGGGAUUCGAGCACUGCCGUCCAUCAUUAAUGCGGUCAUUCUCUCCUCGGCUGUGUCAGCCGGCAAUUCCUUUUUUUAUGCAUCGACGCGGGUCCUUUACUCGACGGCUCUCGAUGGCAAGGCACCGCGGUUCCUUCGAUAUGAGAAGUUCGGCGUCCCAUAUGCCUGUGUGGCGAUCACCACCGCACUGAGUCUCCUCGUUUACCUCAAUGCGUCCUCGAGCUCCGCCGAGGUCUUCUUUUGGAUCAGUAACCUAAGUUCCGUCCGUACGUUAGUUGUGUGGACUGCUAUUGGGAUUACAUACCUCCGAUUUCACCAGGCGUUGAAAUAUCAUGGUGUUCCUCGGUCGAGUCUUCCUUUUAAAUCGCCAUUGCAACCGUAUCUGGCAUACUUUGCUGUCAUAGUAUCCUCUCUGAUGGCACUUUUGAACGGAUUCGACGCCUUUUUCCCUGGCCGCUUUAGUGCAAAAACCUUCAUUCCGCCCUACAUCGCUAUCCCCAUCUUUGGAAUCCUGUAUCUCAGCUACAAGUUCGCUAAAGGUACCUCAAUCGUCAAGAUAGAGGAAAUCGAUCUGUGGUCAGGGAAGGAGGAGGCCGACCGGCUGGAGGCCACCUGGGAGCAACCGGAGCCUCGCAAUUUCCUAGAAAGAAUCUGGUUCUGGAUCGCAUGA